AUUUUUUUCUUCUUGUUGCUAUGGUGAUGGGUUACCAAAGCAAAACAAUUAAUUUGUUUGGUCCCUUUGUUAGUGUAACUCUGUUGCCAUUAAAGUAAGCGUUUAAUAAAUAGAUAACAUGUGCCUCAGUUUACAAAUACGAUUUUUUGUUAUUAUCCUUUUAUUGUCUUGCUUCCCCAUUGACUUUUUCGCUACACAAAAUCAGCGUGGUACUGGAAAAAUGAUUGCCAUUAUGUUACUGGCUUUCUUUUUUAUUGAGGGAAAGGGAAAUAGGCCGACUGAGAAAUAAAAAGCUGGGGAGGAAGGGACAUUAUAUGAUACCUGUAAUAGAUAAGAGAAUAU